ACCUCUCCUCUGAUCAGCUGGUACUCAGGGUUACCAUGGCGACACUCCCGCCUCAAUAAAAGAAAGUGAGCCUGCGUCCGCACACACACACACGCACGCGCACACUUUUUUAUCCUUUGGAGACAAGUCCGCAGUUUUUAGCCGCAACAACCAAUGUCUCUGAAUGAAAACAGGACCGAGUUCACCUCCAAACUCUCCCCAGCUGCGGACACAUGUGUGGGAGUGACCAUCCUCUCCGUCGUUCUGCUCUCUGUUCUCGGCAAUGGGCUGGUCCUGGUCAUCUGUUACCGCAGGAGGAAGAAGAUGGUGGGCUCGGAGCUGCUGUGCGUCAACCUGGCCGUGGUCGACUUCCUCUGCUGCAUCUGCUUCUACCCGCUCUCUGUCAUGUCCUCUUUCCACCACGCGUGGCUGGGGGGGAACGUCACGUGCGUUUACUACGGCUUCGGCUGCUUCAUCUUCGGACUGUGCAGCAUGUUCACCAUCACCGCCAUCAGCAUCACGCGCUACCUGAAGACCUGCUACAGCUUGCUUUACACCGUGCAUUCGGAUGGAGCUAACAUCCGCAUAGCGUGCUGUGCCACCUGGGUGGUGGCCACCGUGUGGUCCAGCUUGCCCCUCUUUGGCUGGGGCGAGUACGUUCCCGAGCCUUAUGGACUGUCCUGCACCAUCGCCUGGAGGGGUUAUCACACCUCGGCAAAGGACGCCUUCUACGUCAUCUGCACCUUCGCCUUCUUCACGCUGGUCCCCAUGCUCCUCAUCGUGGUGUCCCAGUGUCAGAUCCUCUACCAGGUGUCCAGCUUCACCUACUCGCUGUCCGCCAGAGGCAUCUGCAACAACCUGCGGCAGACUGAAAAACGUCUCUCUGUGAUGUUUUUCUGCAUCAGCCUGGGUUUUGUGAUCGCCUGGGCCCCGUAUGCUGUUGUGUCCUUCCUCUUCAUUUUCCACAAGGAGCACAGGUACAUGGCUCCCGGGGGCUUCGUUUUCCCGGCCCUCUUCGCCAAAAGCUCCCACGUCUACAACCCCCUCAUCUACUUCUACUUCAACAAGACUUUCCAGCGGGAGCUGCGCUGUCUGCUCCUCUCAAUCUACUCUAAGCUCGGGGGGAACCAAGUGGGGGUCCACAUCGGUGCGGGCCACCAAGCCCCGUUCCCCAUCCACAUUCAGCUCCAGGAACGAGGCUGCGUCCAAAAGAGGAACUUUGGCUUGUCUCAGGACAGAACUCACAGUAAGACCAAGAUCAAAGACAAAGUGGUGUACGCCAGUGGCUGUCGGCCGGUGUAUGUCUGCUGGGGCUCCACAUCCAAAGACCCCCCAAUCACCUCGAACAAUAAACCUGCCAACUGCCCACCUGUCUCUAUAUGACUUGUGAAUAUAUGACUAAUGAAGGUUAAAUCACAGACAAGCUGGUCCUGGGUUUUGUCAAAUAAUCAGGCUCCAUAAUAAUGUGGAAGGGAGCAUGUCUGGGAAAUUGAGCAGCUGUCUGCAGCGCGACAGCCUGUUCAACCCUCAGAUCACUACAAUCUCCAGAAGUAAAAGGAAGCAGCUGGUCAUGUGCGAGCCGGUGUGAACAGGAAGUAGAUUGUCUACUCUGUUUUAGGUGCUCGAAAAAACUAAAUGUUGCAGCAGGGAUGUGUUUUUAAACUAAAAACGUAGUCGUGUGGAUGUAGCCACAGAAAGACAACCUCUCGCUCAGUGGAUGUUUGUUUGCCAGGUGUUAAUAAUGGACCAGUUCCAUUUAGGUGCUAGUGACGUGCUGUAGUUCUCCAGUUUUCAUUGUGCGGGAUUGUUUUCACCAUUUUCUGAUAUUUUAGAGUGAAGAUGAUUAAUCAUUGAUAAUAAAAGUUGUGAGUUGCAUCAUCAUGUCAAUAUCUAAGUCAUAAUUACAACAGAGAAACUCUCACUGGGGUAAAGCUUUGAUAUGUUCAACUUGGGCUUUAAAGAACAGAGAAAUGCUUAAAAACCAAACAUUAUAUGUUAGAUGGACUUCUCAAAUCUGACAAAGAUAAAUUGUGUAAAAGUUUAAUGGACGUGGUGUUAUAUUGUCGAUACACAGUAUUCUGUUGUGAAUGUUCACAGGUUGUAAACAUGGACGUCUUUAUCGUCUCUACCAUCCGUACCACAUGAUGUGAACGUAAUCCGAGAAAGGUCUAUUUUGUCCAGGACAGUGCUUUAUUAGUGAUGUUGUCUAUGUAUUCAUGCUGCCAUUCAAUGUUUCAGCAAAUUGUGUCUUGCACUGCUUGCACAAUUGUGUUAUUGAAGUAAUAAUAAGUAUAAGUAUGAGCAAAGGACUGGCUCAGUGUGUGAGCUUGAACUGUUUGAUCUUCACAUUCGUAUUAGUAUUCAUAGUAUCCUUUGAACCCUGUGCUCGUUCUGUCCUUCACGCUCUACAUGUACUUCUGACAAUAUGCUGAAGUAGCAAACAUAGAUAAAUAUAUAUUAUAAGUUUAUAUUUUCCUCAAAACACCGAUGUGGUGUUAAUAAUAACAAUGAUAGUAAUAAUUUAGCCAAUUAUUCCACAUUUUAACUACAAACCAAUACUGACACGCACAUGCUGACUGUCAAAAAUCACAUUACUGUAAGUUCAUGUUUCUAUAAUGUAGAGAAAUUAAACACCCUCCAAAAAAAAUGUAUGUAGAAAACUGUGAAUGAUACUCAUAUCACAUCCAUUUAAAAAGAGAAGAAUAAAACUGCUUGACAUCA